AUGCUUCCAAAUCCAGGAGAUAGGCCACCUCCUGGGUUGAAUUUCAGUCAGCUUCCAGAAAAUAUACAAAAGCAAAUUAUGGAACUGCAGCUAAGGCAGUUACAGCAGCAGCAACAGCCACCGCCGCCCCCAAAUGUUCCACACAGAGGAAGACCUAAAGGCAAGACAAAACCGAAAAAAAUAUAUAUAGAAGAUAGUGAUAGUUUUGAUGAAGAUGAAUUUGCUGCUCAAGCUUCAUCAGAAGUAUCAGAUGCACCAAGAAGAAGUUCUAGAUCAAGAAAAAAGAGCAAUUACAUAGAUUCAGAAGACUCCAGUGAUGCUGAAGCAAAUCCUACUCCAGCACCAAAAAAAGUUAUUGCUACAGGACCGAGAAUAUCGACCAUUAUAGCAAAAAACAGCCAAAUUCCAGAUGAAACGAAAUAUAUUUGCCAGAUUCCGGAAAAAUCUCUUUUCCAUUCAAAAAUAUUCUCCGAAGCAGAGUUAAAAAGUGGUCAAAAUACGGAUGUUUUACAGAAACAUUUCGAAGCUCUUUCAGAUCAGCAAGGCACUGAACUGUCCGAUAUAUCUAGUAAUUACUAUGAACCUGUAUUUUCAAGAAUUCCGAUAGAAUUAUUAUAUGUUGAUAGAAUUAUAGCUCAUCGCGCUUUAGGCGAAAAGGAGGAAGUACCUCAAGAAAUUAUAGAUACAAAUGUAUAUAUCCCUGGCUUUCCAAUUAAGAAUUAUCCGAAUUUGGAAAAAAUUAUUGAAUUUGAAAAGCCUCUCAGAAAGCUUGAAGACUCAGAGGAAGCUUUCCUCGAUGAAUACGGUGUUAUUAAUCUCAAGCGAGAGGACGAUAACAAAAAUGAAAAGGCGGAAGAAGAAGAAACUCACGAAGCCCUUGAGCCGCCUCAGUCUGUUGAAUUUCUCAUAAAAUGGCAGGGAUAUCAGGAGAAUAGAGCUACAUGGGAGAGCCCAGAUUUGCUUUUAAGAAAAUCUGAUCUUCCAUUUUCAAUAGCCAAUCUUUCUGAACUGCCAAGGCUCAUGGAUAUCUACUGGAUUAACACAUUGAGGUUAAAUCGCGGUCCUCCGUUGCCUUUUCAGCCUUUUACAGAUUUUCCAUUAUUAGAACGCAAAAUUUCAUUAUCAGAUUCGCAAAAACAGUUAGUCAAUCAAUUAAUUACAGCAUCCCAAUCACAAUCACAAUGCAAACUCUCAAAUCCGGCCACAGGACGCAUUGGAGCUGUUGCCGCCUUUCUUCAUUUAGCCAGAAAGCAAAAUCAUCGCGUUAAAACAAUAAUUAUUACAUCUACGUCCAGAAUUAAUCAAUGGAUGGACACUUUUAGAAUAAUGACAAAUUUAUACGUUUCUUCUUACGAUACAGAGGUUGAUUCACGUCUUAUAGUUAGAUCCAAUGAAGUUAUCUGCGAUCGCGGACCUAAAACAGACGUCCUUACUAUGGCAAGUUCGAUUUACUACAAAGAAUCAAAUUCUCUUGCUAAUGUCAAAUGGAACUACGUUGUUUUCGAUGCAGAUGACUAUGUAACCUGCAAUUUCCCUAAUAUCUUCAAGAUUUUCAUCGACAACAGGCCAGAAGGAAAAGUAGAUUUUAUUUACAAAGAAAAUGUCAUUUUCGUACCAAAUGCUGUAUCAUCACAGAUCCACGACAGACUUUCCAAGCUUCUCAAGAUGCGAAAUUCACGCGGAAGAGUGUUUAGAGAUCCGACAUUUUUAUAUCGCGAAAUGUACAAAUGUCAUCAGCAUCCAUUCCUCACCAAAGCGAUGGAGGAUCUCAUUAUUGCCAAACACAAGGCCCGUUACAACUUAAGCUCCAUUACAUCUGAACAAUCUCUUGAAUUACUCAUUUCCACAUCGAAUAAAUUGGCCAAACUUAUUGAUCUCAUCAAAGAAGUCAAACUUACCGUUGUUGUUUGCGACUGCUUUGCUCUAAUCCGUCUUUUGGCCCCACUUUUGUCAUCUCGCCACAUAAAUUACGGAAUUGUCGACUCAGUUAACCGCGAAGAAGCCUUUCAGACGACAAUGAGUGAAGGCGCGAUCCUCAUGACCAGGAAUUACACUGCUCCUUACCUUGAAGAUUUCAAACCAGAUCGAAUUGUUUUUGUCGACGUCGGCAGAUCACUUGAUUGCGAUGUCAACCUCGUCAGAUACUUCUCUCGAGGCCAGAACAUCCAAAUCUACCGCUUAAUCACCGACGACAGCCUCGAAGCCGUCUUUUACGGUCGAUUUCUCCACGAUCCAUCAUUUGAUUACACUCUCGCGAACUACAACGAACAGGACAUCUUCCUUAGGAUAGAAGCUCUCACGACACAGCCUUCACACGAAGUACAGACACACGAGAACAUUGUUGUUUCUGUUCCUGGCGACAGAACUGUUGAAGAAAUGUUCAAACCGACAGUGGAGAUGGUCACGAGCCAGCCAGAGUUCUGGGACAUUGCUUUCGCUCAUUCCAGGCUGGAGCACAUCAAGCAAGUCACGUGGAAGAAGCAGGAAGCAAUGAGAAUUGUCGAUUUCUUGCUGAAAUUCGGGUUCAGCGAAUUUGGAAAAAUUGCUGAAUUAAUGGGACGUCCACAAGAAGAUGUUUCCAUCUUUUCUCGCGCUGUUCUUCUUCAUUUCCUCAGCGACAUGGACAAAUCUCAACUGGCGAGACACAACUUAGUCAACUCCAUCAUCUGGUUCGAGUUCUUCACACAGCCUUUCGAAGACCAGUUUGAAGAACAGAGCAACUUCUGGCACCAAGUCACAGCUGAAGAGUUGACACUCCAAACUCCUGUCUUUUUGAAACACAACUUUUUGAAGACACUCAAAGCGCAGUCCGAAUCAAUUCUGAAUCACGUGGAGAACGUGUGGACAAUCAGAGCUUUCCUGAGUCUUCACCAGGAGCCGUACAUGCCCCCAAGAUUUCCUAUUGCUAGGAAUUUCGUUGGAACAUCUCCAAGAUUUUUCUAUGCUCUGUUGAAUUCGUUUUUGGCUCAUGGAAAUAACUGGCAGGAAAUCACACGGGAGAUGGCGGAAUUCCAAGCAUCGGAAGACUUGUUGAGAGACUAUUUCAAGAUGUUUUUGAACUCUAUAACAAUUGAUUUACUCUCGACAUGUUUGCACGCGAAACAUGAUGGAAACUCCGCUCCUUUACUUGCAGACAAAAUGAUGAGGCCAAUUUACCAAAGAGUUUGCAACGGACCAUUCAUAAAUCAGUGGAAUUUAGAAGAACUGAAAAGAGUUACACAGGUCGCAAUGGACUUCCACAUUCCUUAUAGAGAUGGAAACCAAGACUGGGAGGAAUUCCACGCUCUCACACACAUAACAACCAAAUCAACAGCAGAAAUAAAGAGAUUCAUGCUCGAUUUGGACAAUUUCAUCAAACAGUCAAAAAGUGACGAUUCAUUAAUUAUUCCGCAGAGAAUUAUGAACUUGCCUGAUACUUUUCCAGCUCAAUCAUUCUCAGGAACGAACAUCAGGGAUAAAUACAUUUCUGCGACACAGAGAUUAGAGUACAUCCACUCUCUCGCCAUUGCAGGAAUCAAAGAUUUCAAUCCAAUGCCUGGUUUGCCGCCGAACUGGGACAUUUCAUGCGAUUUCGCAUUGAUUACUUGCAUUGUACAGUUUGGAUUUAGGAUCAUUUCACAGGUGGGAAUGUGUAUUCCACACACAAGUCCUAAUUACUACGACAUUCCUUUCUCGAGAGAUUUGUAUGGUUUCGAAGAAUUCCUCAGACAACAGCCGAAAGUUAUUCAGAGAAUUACUUCAAUCAUCAUGGCAAACAGAAACGUUCCAAGGAAAAUCAGGUUCUAUCCUGGUAUUUCUUCAAUCGCAUUCACUGAUUUCAUUCCUGCACCUCCGAAACCUCCUGUUCCACAACAACAACAAGUUCAGCCACAGACUCCUCCACAUAAAUCACACAGUUCAAAUGUUCCUCCAAGUCCUGGAAACAUGUUGUUUACUUCUUCAGCAAUUCCUGUUAGUUCUGCAAUGCUGACUCCGCCGAAUUUGUCUUCAAGCGGUUCUUCUACUCAGCUGAAAAGUCCGAAGAGAGAAAAUUCUACUUCGACGCAGCAGACGAAGAUGAAUUACCCAGCUCCACCAAAUUUGGCACAGGCAAAAGCUCAGAUUGCAGCACAGAACUUGGCUCAGUCCAAAGCAGAAGCGAUCAUGGCGCAGAGACAGCAGCAUCAGCAACAGCAAAGAGCUGCAAUGCAGGAGAAGAGACAACAGGCUCAGAAACCAUUUAAAUUGACUCCUCCACCUCAGUUAUCACAGAAAGAGGAAAAAACCAUUUUCCAGUUUGAGAAUUUGCCUGAUUUUCUCAUGCAGAAACCACAACAAGUUCCAAGACAACAGUCAUCUCCAUCACCACACUUCCUUCCUCCUCCACCUCCUAGGCAGCAAUCAACACCUCAACAAGUUCCUCCACCUAAUUUAGACAAUUCGAGGAACCAAAGUUCGAUGAUGUUUCCACCUCAAUUCAUGCUCAAUUUCCAGCAACAAAAUGCUCAACAAACUCAGCAGAUCCAGCAGCAAUUCGCUCCAAAUCCACAACAGCAAUUGCAGCAACAGUUGAAGCAGUUCAUGAGCUUCCCACAGCCUCCACAACAACCACAGCAACAGCAACCACAACAGCCACAACAAACACCACAGCAACAGAAGAAGAACAAAAACCAAAUUGCUGUCAAUUUCUCUUCGAUGCCAAUUAUGCCACAGAUUCCACAGGCAUUCAACCAGUUGCAGGCACAAAAGAUGCAACAGAAUACAGCUGCAUCUCAGCAGAAGAAACAGUUGUUCCAGAUGCCUCCUCCACCUCAAACACAACCACAAUCUCAACAAAAUCCUCAACAGCAACAGAAUCAACAAAAUGUACAAAUUCCAACACAUAUUUCAAGGAAGAUAAUGAACAUGACUCCACAGCAAUUCCAGCAGUACCAGCAACAAUUGCUAAUGCAACAGCAGCAGCAACAGUUCCAACAACAACAACAGCAGUUCAUGAUGCAGAAUCCAAACAACAUGAAUCAAUUCCAACAGAGCCAAAACAAGCCACAACAAAACAUCAAUCCACAAAUGAUGAUGGCAAAACCACAGCCACCGAAACCUGUUUUGACUCCGCAGCAACAGGAAGCAUUGAUAAACAUCAAGAUGCUGGAGAAGGAACAUGCGAAGGAGGAGAAGAAGAGGCAGCAACAGGAGAAGAAGGAAAAGAAGGAGAAAAAGGAAAAAGAGAGGAAAGAGAAAAAAGAAAAGAAAGAAAAAAUUCCAAAGCAUUUGUUCCAAAGUGUUGUAUUUCCGAAAAAAAUUGUUUUUCUACCAUAA